AGCAGACAUUAUCGAACAACAGCUCUAGAAUAAUUUGAAGUGUUUUUUUACCACCCCGGGAUAGUUUCAUACAAUUAUCUAACGAAAUAGUAGUGAAAAAUGGAAGGAUUCGAAGAAAACUUCCAAGUUAUGGAAUCCGAACAACUGGGAAGGUUUGUCGUAGCAAAACGCGACCUGACGCGAGGGCAGCAGAUUUUACUCGAGGAACCAUAUGUAACCGGACCAUACUGGGAUGCGGAUGUCAGUUGUUUGAAUUGCUUCAGGGACUCUUGUUCCACAUGCCAGCAGUGUGGGGUAGCACCACUAUGUUACGAUUGCACCAAUCAUGACGAAGCCGAGUGCAGCUUCUAUCGAAUGUCUGGUUUGGAUAGGCAUUUCCUCUACAACAAUUUCAAUGUGGUUAUGCCGGUGCGUUGCCUGAUGCUUCACAGAAGCAAUCGUGAGCGGUAUGAUGAAAUAAUGACGAUGGAAUCGCGACUGGAGGAACGUCGCGGAACAGAGAUUUGGGACAUCCACGAAAAAUUCGUGGUGAAACCUUUGAUAGAAAGCGGGAUGUUUGUUGAUAAACUCGACGAUCUAGAGGUUACCGGAGAAUUGUUACAACGCAUUUGUGGUUUGUUGGAUGCCAAUACAUUCGAAAUUCGAGGAAACGUGGACAGUCGUGGAUCGGAGAAGGGCUAUUUGGCUCGAGGACUUUAUCCCAAGACAGCACUGAUGACCCACAGUUGCAUGCCGAAUACAUUACUGUCUGUGGAUGGUUAUUCGAAUGUGAGAGUUUUCACGACGUAUCCCGUAAAGAUGGGGGAAAUGUUGACUAUCAGUUACACCAGGAGUUUAUUUGGUACUUACGAUCGACAAACUCAUCUUCGGAAGGGUAGGUAUUUCAUUUGCAAUUGCAGACGGUGCAAUGAUCCUACGGAGUUGGGUACGCACUUAAGCUCGAUUAAGUGUACGGAAUGCGAUGGAGGACUGUGUUCAUUUUAUACAGAUGAUCCUCGAUGGGAAUGCAAUAAGUGUCAUAAACUUUUAAAAAGAGAAUACGUCAACGAGGUGUUGUGCGCUGCUCGUGAUGACAUUAUGAUUUGUCCGUUGGAAGUACGGGAUCUGGAGCGAGUUAUUAAUAAGCACUCAAAAGUUUUAAACCCACAUCAUUCGCUUAUAAUUGAGGCCAAACAAACGCUGCUAGGAGAGUUCAAGUUCAUUUGCGUGUCGACCGAUCCGAUGGCCGUGCCUAAACCAGUUCUGAGGCGCAAAUUCGAGCUUUGCGAGGAGAUGCUCCUUAUCUUACGUUUCCUUGAACCGGGCUUGUCACGAUUAGUAGGGAUCGCCAUGUACGACUAUCACGUUGCGCUGAUUGAACUUUCGCGAAGAAAUUUCGAUACCACUGAAAUUAGAUCUCAUGAGCUGUUGGACAACCUUAUCAAGGCAGAAGGGGAGCUGAAACAGGCGAUAAACAUGCUACUGUUCGAGCAUCACAGUACACCUGAAGGCCAACUAGUGAAACGGGCGAUGAGAGAACUCAAAGAGCUGCGUGCGGAAAUCUCGGUUGUCCGAGCAAUGAUCGAGGACGAAAAUCUUGAAGGCCAAAACCGUAAUCAACGGAGUGGCAACGGAAAUAGUAAUAACAAUUAUAAAAUUAAAUUCGGAAAACGUCGAUAGUUGAUACUUGUAGCUGUAGAGGGGAUGAUUUGAUUUGAUAACGGCAAUUUCUUCAAUAAAUGUCCACAGACACAGUGGCACUUGUUUAUA